AUGGCAACAAGCAGAGCUGGGCGUGGCUACGAGCGCGAGGCCGUGCAGAAGAAAACUUUCACCAAGUGGGUGAAUUCUCACCUGGCGCGGGGGUCGCACCUGGGGGACCUUUACAGCGACCUGAGGGACGGGCGGCUCCUGCUGAGGCUGCUCGAGGGGCUCUCGGGGGAGACCCUGCCUCGCCCCACGCGGGGUCGGAUGCGGAUCCACUGCCUGGAGAACGUGGAGAAGGCGCUGCGCUUCCUGCGGGAGCAGCGCGUGCACCUGGAGAACGUGGGCUCGCACGACAUCGUGGAUGGCAACCCCCGCCUCACGCUCGGGCUGGUCUGGACCAUCAUCCUGCGCUUCCAGAUCCAGGACAUCAGCGUGGAGACCGGGGACACGCGGGAGAGGAAAUCGGCCAAGGACGCGCUGCUGGCCUGGUGCCAGAUGAAAACCGCGGGGUACCCCAAUGUGAACGUGCAGAACUUCACCACGAGCUGGCGGGACGGGCUGGCCUUCUGUGCCCUGAUCCACCGGCACCGGCCGGAGCUGCUGGACGUGGGGUCCCUGCGCGGAGCCAACGCCCUGCACAACCUGCAAAGCGCCUUCGCCGUGGCCGAGCGGGAGCUGGGGGUCACUCGGCUGCUGGACCCCGAGGAUGUGGCCGUGGAGCAGCCGGACGAGCGCUCGGUGCUGACCUACGUGGCCGCGCUCUAUCAUCACUUCUCCAGGAUGAAAGCGCUGGCCGUGGAGGGAAAACGCGUCGGGAAGGUGCUGGAGGCGGCCCGCGAGGCCGAGGGCCUGGCCGGCCGUUACGAGGCGCAGGCGGCCGAGCUGCUGGGCUGGAUCCAGCGCUCGCUGCUGCUGCUCACGGACCGGCGCCUGCCCCGCGGCAUCCCCGGCCUGCAGGGGCAGCUCCAGGCCUUCAGCGCCUACCGCACGGCCGAGAAACCCCCCCGGUUUGAGGACAAGGGGUCCCUGGAGGUGCUGCUGUUCUCGCUCCGGAGCCGCCUCCGCGCCAACAACCAGCGACAGUUCGUGCCACGGGAGGGGACACACAGCACCGACAUCAACAGGGCGUGGGAGCGGCUGGAGAAGGCGGAGCACGGCCGGGAGCUGGCGCUGCGCUCGGAGCUGCUCCGGCAGCAGCACCUGGAGCAGCUGGCAGCGAGGUUCCACCGCAAGGCCGCCCUCAGGGAGACCUGGCUGGGGGACAACCAGCGCCUGGUGGCACAGGAUAAUUUUGGGGGGUCCCUGGCGGGGGUCGAGGCCGCGCUGCGCAAGCACGAGGCGAUCGAGAGCGACAUCGCCGCCUACGGGAGCCGCGUGCGCGCCGUCACCGCCGUGGCCGCCGAGCUGGAGGCCGAGCGCUAUCACGACAUGGGCGCUAUCGCGACACGGCGCGACCACGUGGUGUCGCUUUGGGAGGAGCUGCGCGCUCAGGUGGCGGCGCGGCGGGAGCGGCUCCGGGCGCACCUGGAGCUGCAGCGGCUCCUGCGCGACCUGGAGCACCUGAUGGGCUGGAUGGAGGAGAUGGAGGUGCGGCUGCAGUCGCGGGAUUUCGGGCAGCACCUGAGCCAGGUGGACGAUCUGCUGCAGAUCCACGCCCUGGUGGAGGGGGACGUGGCGGCCCAGGCCGAGAGGGUUCGGAGUGUGGGGGCGGCGGCCGAGCGCUUCCUCGGAGAGGGGGGCGGGUACCGCCCGUGCCCCCCGGAGCAGCUGCGGGCCCGCGUGGCCGCUCUGGAGCUGCGCUACCGGGGGCUCUCGGUGCUGUCGGAGCAGCGGCGGCUGCGGCUGGAGCGCUCCCGGCGCCUCUGGAAGUUCCUGUGGGACGCGGGCGAGGAGGAGGCCUGGAUGCGGGAGCAGGAGCGGCUCCUGCGCUGCCCGGAGCUGGGCCGGGACCUGCCGGGAGCCCUGAGGAUGCUGAGCCAGCUCGAAGCCAUCCGAGGGGCGCUGGGGGGACGCGCGGGGCCGCUGGAGCAGCUGCUGGAGCGGGGCCGGGAGCUGCUGGCGGAGGGAGCCCCGGCCGCGGCCGCCGUGUCCCGCCGGAUCCGGGAGCUGCGGUCGCUCUGGGCGGCGCUGCCGGCGCUGGCCGCGGACCGCGAGCGGCGGCUCCGCGCGGCCGCGGGGCGAUUCCAGCUGGACGCGGAGGCCACCGAGGCCGAGGCGUGGCUCGCGGCCGCCUCCCGGCGAGUGGCGGGGCCGGAGCUCGGCCACGACGAGAGAUCCGCGGGGAUCCUGGAGCGGCGGCUGCGGGAGCUGCAGGACGAGAUGCGGCGGCGCGGGCCGGCGCUGGCGGCGCUGCGGGAGCAGGCGCUGCCCGGCGGUGCCGCCGCUGUUCCCGACGUGGUGCCGGGGCUGGCGGAGCGGCUGGCGGAGCUGGAGCGGCGGCACCGGGAGCUGGAGGAGCGGGCGGAGCUGCGGCGCCUGGAGCUGCGGGACGCGCUGGGAUUGUUCGCGGCGCGCAGCGAGGCCGAUGCCUGCGCGCUCUGGGUGGGCGAGAGGGAGCAGUGGCUGCUGGCCAUGGAGAUUCCCGAGCGCAUCGAGGACCUGGAGGUGAUGCAGCAGCGGUUCGAGACGCUGGAGCCGGAGCUGGCGGCGCUGGCGGCACGCGUGGCCUCCGUGGGCCGCGUCACGCAGGAGCUCCAGGGAUCCGGGGACAGGAACCGGGAGAGCGCCCGGGAAACCUGGGAGCAGCUCCGGGACAGGUGGGAGCGGUUCCGGGCGCUGGCCGAGCGCAAGAAGGCGGCGCUGACCGCGGCUCUGAACAUCCACAAUUUCCGCCUGGAAUGCCACGAGACGCGGGGCUGGAUGCGGGAGAAGACGGCGGCGAUCGAGGCCACGCGGGGGCUGGGCCGGGACCUGGCCGGGAUCACGGCGCUGCAGGCGAAGCUGGCGGGGAUGGGGCGCGACCUGGACGCCAUCCAGGGAAAGCUGCGGGAGCUGCGGGCCGAGGGCGAGAAGCUGCAGGGGGAGCAGCCGGAGCGAGCGGCCGAGAUCCGCGAGGGGCUGGCGGGGCUGGAGGCCGAGUGGGACGCGCUGCGCCGGUGCCACCGGAGCCGCGAGGAGUCGCUGGGGCAGGCGCGGCGGCUCCAGGGCUUCCUGCGGGACCUGGCGGCUCUCCAGGCCUGGCUGUCCCGCACACGCGCGGCCGCGGGCUCCGAGGAUGUCCCCGCGUCCCUGGCCGAGGCCGAAGGCUCCCUGCGGCAGCACGAGAGCCUCCGCACCGAGAUCUCGCACUACGGCGCCGAUUACCGGAGCGCCCGCGCCGCCGGCCGCGAGGUGACGCGGGGACAGACGGACCCGCAGAGCCUGUCCCUGCUCCAGCGCCUGGAAGCGCUGGACGCCGACUGGGAAGAGCUGGGCCGGGUGUGGGAGCAGCGGCAGCGGCUCCUGGCCCAGGCUGUCGCUUUCCACGUGUUCCUGCGGGACGCCAAGCAGGUGGAGGGGGCGCUGGGGAAGCAGGAGCACACGCUGGCCCACACGGAGAUGCCGGGCACGGUGCCGGGCGCGGAGGCGGCCGUGCGGAGGCUGGAGGAGUUCCUGGCCGCGCUGGACACCGGAGCCGAGCGCGUCCGGGCGCUCACGGACACCGGCAGGAAACUGCUGGACGAGGGCGGCGUCCACGCCGAAAAGGUGCGGGAGACGGUGGAGUCGGUGGAGAGCAGGCACCAGAAAAUCCGGGAAUCGGCCCAGGAGCUUCUGGGGCGGCUGCGGGAUAACUGGGAGCUGCAGAAAUUCCUGCAGGAUGGGCAGGAGCUGACGCUGUGGCUGAACGAGAAGCUGCCGGUGGCUCGGGACGUGUCCUACGAGGGCACUCGGGACCUGCAGGGGAAGUGGCAGAAGCACCAGGCCUUCGCCGCCGAGCUGGCCGCCAACCGGGGCUGGCUGGAGGCGCUGGAGAAGGACGGGGAGCAGCUGGCCCGGGCGCGGCCGGCGCUGGCCGGACAAGUGACGGUGCCCCGGCAGGAGCUGCGGGCGCUGUGGGCGCAGGUGGAGGCGGCGGCGGCCGCCAAGGGCCGCGGUUUGGCCGAGGCCGCCCGCGCCGAGAGCUGCGCCCAGGCCUGCGCCGGACUCCGCUCGUGGCUGGCCGGGGUCCGAGCCCAGCUCCGCUCCGGCCACUGCGGCCAGGACCUGACCAGCGUCGGGGUCCUGCUCACCCGGCACCAGCUGCUGGAGACGCAGGCGGCGCUGCGGGAGCAGGAGGUCGGGGCGCUGCGGGCUCAGGCCGGGGGGCUCAGCCCGGGGCACCCCCGGAGCGCGGGGGUGCAGGAGCAGGUGCGGGAGCUGGAGCAGCAGUUCCGGGAGCUGCGGGAGCCGCUGCGGGAGCGCGGCCGGAGCCUGGCGGCCGCCAGGGAACUGCACCAGUUCCGCAGGGACCUGGAGGACGAGCUCCUGUGGGUGCAGGAGCGCCAGGCCCUGGCCACAUCCACGGACCACGGCAAGGACCUGCCCUCGGUGCAGCUGCUGCUCCAGAAGAACGAGACUCUGCAGAAGGAGCUGCAGGGCCGCGAGCGCCGCGUGACCGAGCUGCUGGAGCGGGGGGUGCCCGGCUCGGGGGUCCCCGGGGGGGUCCCCGGGGGGGUCCCCGCUCUCAGGGAGGCCUGGCAGGAGCUGCGGGCGCAGGCGGCGCGGAGGCAGCGGAGCCUCGAGGCCGCCUUGGCCUCCCAGCGCUUCCUGCGCGACGCCGCGGCCGCCGAAGCCUGGCUGGGCGAGCGGGAGCUGCACAUGCUGGCCCAGGACAAGGCCAAGGACGAGCCGGGAGCCCAGGCCAUGCUGAGCCGGCACCUGGGGCUGGAGCAGGAGCUGCGCGACUACGGCGGCACCGUGGAGCUGCUGGCAGAGCAGGGCCGGGCCAUGGCGGCCAGCGGCCACCCCGACGGCGAGCGGCUCCGUGCCCGCGCGGCGCAGCUGCAGCGUCUCUACGCGGGGCUGUGUCACCUGGCCGGGGAGCGCAGGGCCACCCUGCAGGGCCACCACCGCCUGUGCCAGCUGCGCCGGGACCUCGAUGACCUGGAGCAGUGGAUCUCGGAGCGAGAGGUGGUGGCGGCGUCCCGGGAGCUGGGGCAGGACUUCGAGCACGUCACGCUGCUCCGGGACAAGUUCCGCGAGUUCUCUCGGGACACGGGCGGGCUGGGCCAGGAGCGAGUGGACGCGGCCAACGCGGCGGCGGCGGCGCUGAUCGCCGGGGGCCACCCCGAGCGCGCGGCAGUGGCCCAGUGGCAAGCGGGGCUCAACGAGGCCUGGGCGGAGCUGCUGGAGCUCGUGGCCACCCGGGCUCAGGAGUUGGCGGCCGCGCACGACCUGCAGCGCUUCCGCCGCGACGCCCGGCAGGUGCUGGGGCAGCUCCGGGACAAGGCCCGGCAGGUGCCCGAGGAGCUGGGGAGGGACCUGCGGGCGGCCGAGGGGCUGGAGAGGCAGCACCGCGCCUUCGAGCACGACGUGCAGGCCCUGAGCGCGCAGGUGACAGCUGUCCAGGAGGCCGCAGGUCGCCUGGCCGCGGCGUACGCGGGCCCGCGGGCCGAGGAGCUGCGGGCUCAGGAGGGCGCGGUGGCCGCGGCCUGGGCCGAGCUCCGCGGGCGCUGCCAGCGCCGCCGCCGCCUGCUCGGGGACACCGUGGAGCAGUUCCGGUUCCUCCGCGCCGCCCGCGACCUCCGGCUCUGGAUGGACGGGAUGCACCUGCAGCUGCAGGCCCGGGAGAGGCCCAGGGAUGUCACCGCGGCCGAGCUGCUGAUCCAGCAGCACCAGGGGCUGCGGGCGGAGCUGGAGGCUCGCGAGGGCUCCUUCGGGGCCUGCGUGGCCGCGGCCACUGCGCUGCUGCAGCGCGGCCACCACGACGCCGACAAGCUGUCCCAGGAGCUGGCCGAGCUCCAGGAGCGCCGCAGGGACAUCGGGGAGCGCUGGCAGGACAAGCUGGAGUGGCUGCAGACUGUGCUGGAGGUGCUGGUGUUUGGGCGCGAUGCAGCCACGGCCGAGGCCUGGCUGGCCAGCAGGGAGCCCCUGGCCCGCGCCCCCGAGCUGGGCUCCAGCCUGGCCGAGGCCGAGACCCUCCUCAAACGCCACCAGAGCUUCCAAAAAGCCGCGGCCGCCUGGGACGAGAGAUUCGCUGCCCUGAGCCGCCUCACCACGGUCCCCAAAGGGGCGCAGGAGGGGGGGCCCGGCCCGGGGGGGGUGGCGGCCACACUGCCCCCCCGUGCCCCUCCCCCACCCGAGACCCUCGAGGGGGGGCUGUGCCGGAAACAGGAACUGGAGGCGCCCGGCAAGAGAGCGACCAACAGGUCCUGGCAGAGCCUGUACUGCGUGCUGCGGGGGGGGGUCCUGAGCGUGUUCAAGGACGCGCGGGGGGCGGGGGCGGGGGUCCCGUACCACGGCGAGCCCCCCACCCCCCUGCGCGGCGCCCGCUGCCACCCGGCCACCGCCUACCGCAAACGGAAACACGCCGACAUGGCUCUGUGGCUCCGGGGGAUCGAAGCCGCCGCCGGGGCCGCGCUGGGUCCGGGGGGGCCCUGGGAGGGCUCGGGGGUCCCCGGGGGUCCCCCCAAGGGGAUGUCGCGGGCCCUGAGCCUCCCCCCGGUGCCCCCCCCGGCCGAGGGAGCCCCCCGGCCCCGCGAGCCCAAGGAGAGGGAGAAACGCUUCAGCUUCUUCAAGAAGAACAACGACCCCAAUAUUCCCAGUGCUCCCAAUAUCCCCAGCGCCCCCAAUAUUCCCAGUGCUCCCAAUAUCCCCAGUGACCCCAGUACGGGGCCCAGCGCUCCCAGUACAGCUCCCAGUACAGCCUCCAGUGUUCGACGCCCCCCCACCAUCAAUGGACCGUCCCCACCCCCCCACGGCCUCAUGGACUGCUCCACCCUCGCCCCGCCCCUUCCUCCUCUGAUUGGCUGCGGCCGCUCUGUGGGCGGGCUCACUUGGCGAAGCGAUGACCUCACGCUGCGGUAUUUGAUGGACAGCUCCGGCAGCCAAUGA